AUGGCUCAACUGAUUGCUACCAUCUGUCUGGUACUGGGUGCUUCCGCCGCCGAGGGGGCAAUUAUUGCUGGUUCAAGCCUUGCUGGAACGACGAUUGAAAAUCUUGCGUUAGGAACAGGUUACAGUGUUUCAAUGGCCAUGGAAGUAUCAAAUUUUACCCCGUAUGUGCUCGGUGAUCCGAAGGUUACAACAAAUAGUGGAGGUAUCACUAUGAGUCCUAAAGUAAUUCAGCCGAAUUACAAAGAGGCGAUGGUGGCAACAAAGACUGCAUAUUCGACUGGUGGUACCUUUGGUGUCGUGUCCUGGGAAAUAGCGGAAAAAUCUCGCCGGAUAGUCGUCAUGUGGUCGGUACCGUAUAAUCACAACUUUUACAGUAACUGGUUAGCGGUUGGCAUAACGAAGCAAAACUUAAACCAUGAUUCUGGAUGGGCUGACCAAAUGUACUACUAUGGAAGUAACGAUCAGUAA